AUGGCCAGCAUUCCUGAUGAUAAAGCACCCCAAUUGGGUCUCACGAUCUAUGGAGCAGGUGUUGUAAAUCCGUACAAGGUUGUUAUAAUGGCCGAAGAGUUAGGAAUCCAGUAUAAAUAUGUGAACCUCGACAUGAGCAAGGGCGAGGCAACGUCAGAUUGGUUUGUUGGAUCUAUUAAUCCAAACGGAAAGGUACCCGCUAUUGUCCACACCAAGGAGGACGGGACAUCGGUGACGGUAUUCGAGAGUGCUGCGUGUUUGUUGUACCUCUCCCACGAAUUCGAUAAAGAAAACAAGUUUUCGUACGCUGUCGGGACGUCGGAAUAUUGGACACAGCUAUCUUGGCUUUCGUGGCAAAUAUCAGGCUACGGGCCAAUGCUAGGCCAAGCUGCCCACUUCAAUCGCUAUACGCCCGAGCCCGUUCCGUAUGGAGUUUGGAGAUAUACAGCGGAAGCGAGGCGGCUUCACUCCGUACUAGAAAAACGAUUGUCAACAUCUCCCUAUGUCGGCGGAGACCACCUGGGUGUCGCAGAUUUCGCCGUUUUCAUCUAUGCGCACUCCGCCAAGUGGUGCGGAGUCAACAUUGAAGAAUGGCCGCACGUACAAGCGUGGCAUGACGCGCUGCUGCAGCGUCCAGCCUUCCAGCGCGCAUUGAAAGUUCCGGCUCUCUACCCUUUUAGCGACACAGCUGUAUCGGAUCCGGAAAAUCAGGAUUUUUAUCUUGGUGUUCGCAAGUGGGGGACCCAGGGUAUUAAGGCUAUGACGGAGUCGUGGAAAGGUGAAGCGGUAUCUUUGCCUUCAGACCAUGCAAACUACGAAUAG